AAAUAUCUCAAAGAUCAGACAGACAAAGAAGCAAAUAAAAAAAACAAACAGAUGAGGGCGACUCGCAGCAACGGCGCGGGCGUUCGGAAAGUACCAAAACGGGUUCUCUCCUCGCACGACGGACGAUCGUCGUCAGCUUCCUCCCGCCGGCCGAUACGCCGUCGGAUCCGCCUUCUUCUGCACCGUCCCAGGCGGAGAGAUACAUACGUUAGAUCCCACAAUCCUUUGGGGGGUUUUUCCAAUAUUUAACUGCCCGCUUUUAACAGGGGUUCAUUCAGGAGUUGAGGGUCGGUUACCUUCCUUUUUCACCUUCCAAAAAGAUCGACAUUAAGAAUCAUGAUUCAUUAAAUUAAAGUUUUUAUGUCAGACUUAGGGGUCAAAAAAAGAGAAGGAAGAUCUUGAGAGGAAGAAAGGUCGGAUGGAUUUAAAAUUCCAAGGAUGAACGAGUAGAGGCAAUUACCAUCAGAGGGAUCGCGAGGACAAUACAUUUGAUCACGCACCUCGACAAGGGGUCCCCUCCCCGCCUAAGUUUUCACAUUGACCUGGACAUCGUGGGGCCGGCGCAGGACGAAGAAGAGACCUGCACGAACAGCACGUGCUGGGAUCGCCAAGUAGACGGCCCAAUUGCGUGCAAUCGAGCCAGUUACAUCCACUGAAUCUUGUGGGCGACAAUCUAAAAGGAGAAGAAAAAGGGAACUUGAUUGGAAGACUUUAAAACUCCAAGGCAACCCCACAUCCCCUAAGCUGCCAAACCUCUCAAUUCCCGAAUAGAAGAAAAAUCUCUUUAUAAACGCCCCACCGUCCCCCCUUGUCACCCUACAUCCUUUGAGCAAAUGUUUAUUGGAGGAGCCACAAGAAACGCAGGUUCAGAGAAAGAGGGAUGGAAGCCUCCGGCUGCUGCAGUGCUGUCUCGCUCUUUAGCCUGUCGUCGGCGCUUCUACCACUGAUGGCGCUGCUGCUCGUCCUGGUGCUGCUGUACUGCGCGCUGAAGCCGUGCUGCGACUGCCCCGUGUGCAGCGCCUAUCUCACCGGACAAUGGAACGGCGAGUUCCACAACCUGGCCGACUGGUACGCGGCGCUGCUGGAGAAGUCGCCGACCCACACCAUUCACAACCACCUGCUGGGCAACAUCAUCACGGCCAACCCGAAGAACGUGGAGCACAUGCUGGUGACGCGCUUCGACAACUACCCCAAGGGCAAGGCCUUCUCCGCCAUCCUCCACGACCUGCUCGGCCGAGGCAUCUUCAACGUCGACGGCGAGCUGUGGCGCUCCCAGCGCAAGAUGGCCAGCUUCGAGCUGGGCAGCGCCAACGUUCGGGGCUUCGUCUUUGGGCUCGUGUCGGACGAGAUUCGGCAGCGGUUGGUGCCGGUGAUGGAGGCCGCGGAGAGGUCGGGCGCCGGGCUAGACCUUCAAGACGUGCUUCGUCGGUUCUCCUUCGACUGCAUCUGCAAGGCCUCCUUCGGCGUCGACCCGCGGUGCCUGGAGCUCUCGCUGCCUUUGAGCGAGUUCGCCCACGCCUUCGACUCGGCUUCGCAGAUGUCGGCUCGACGGGCGACCACCUGGACGCCCUAUGUCUGGAAGGCCAAGCGGUUGCUGCGCGUCGGCUCGGAGCGCGAGCUCAGGGACGCGGUCCGUAAGACGCACGCCCUCGCCGAGGAGGUCAUCCGAAGGCGCCGCGCCUCCGUCGGCUCUUCCAAGCACCGAGACCUCCUUUCCAGGUUCAUGGGCUCCACUAAAGAUGAUCGCCUCCUCCGCGACAUCGUCGUCAGCUUCCUCCUCGCCGGUCGGGACACCGUCGCCGCCGCCCUUACCGCCUUUUUCUGGCUCGUUUCCUGCCAUCCCCACGUCGAAAAUUCCAUUCUUGACGAGAUAUGCAGAGUGGCUUCUCCGCUGGGAGAAUUUACCAAAGAAACGCUCGCUGAUGCUAGCGAGAUCACUCUGGAGCACAAGCAGCUGAAGGAUCUGCACUACCUCCAGGCGGCGAUUUCCGAGAGCAUGAGGCUGUACCCGCCGGUGCAAUUCGACUCCAAAUACGCCGCCCAGGACGACGUGCUGCCGGACGGAACCGUCGUGAAGAAGGGAACCCGAGUGACCUACCACCCCUACGCCAUGGGGAGGAUGGAGUCCAUAUGGGGGCCUGACUGCCGGAAAUUCCAACCGGAGAAAUGGCUCAAGAACGGCGUGUUCGUCCCCGACAACCCUUUUAAGUACCCCGUCUUCCAGGCGGGCUCUAGGGUCUGUUUGGGAAAGGAAAUCGCCUUCAUGCAGAUGAAGAGCGUCGCCGUGACAAUUCUCUGGCGCUUCACCAUAGAAACCAAGCCAUGCUGCCGGCAGUUGAAGUUCUCCCCUGGCCUCACCGCCAAUAUCAGCGGCGGCCUGCCCGUCAUCGUCAAGCCGCGGACGUGGGGACGUGAGCCGACGCACAAGAAGGAUUGAUCAUCAGUCCUGCAGUCUUUCGCUUAGGAGCCGUCAAUCAAUAUUUGUAAAAAUGGUGAAAUCCUACUCCAUUCAUUCUCCAUCAAUGCUUCCUGUAGAGCGUUCUUGUGAUUGUGUUAAAGGGAAAGAAAUUUAAGAUACGACUUGCAGAUGGGAAGGGCAUCCGUACUUUGUUGUGGGGGUAUGACUGAAUAAUGUCAUCUGGCGGUAGCGAAGUGUGAAGAUGCCUCUUUGUACGUAAAAUUGUUCAUUGACUGCUAUUGGGUUCCCUUCUUCUGUCUCAAAAAGAAAAUUGCCCACGAGGGAGAUAUAAGAUUGUGCUUUCCCCAUUAUUAUCUUUGUUCCAUUUCAGCAAGGAACAGCA